UCCUUCUCCAGAGUUGUAGUUGAAGCAGAUCAUCGUUUAGCUUUUCUGCUGCUGCUCGGCUAAAUUAGCUGCUAACUGGCUCCCACAGCUGCAUAGAUCAUCACUGUCGCCCACUGUGUUCGAAGAGGAGUCCACCUUCUGGCGAGAUCAUGUCAGAUUUCUCGCUGGCUGAUGCCUUAGGAGACGACACUCCAAGCCAGGCAAAGAAAAUAGGCAACACUAACCCGUCUGCUCCUGCCAGCAACCACCCACCUGCCACAAACCCAGGAUGGCCUGGUUCAGCCCCAGGAGCUCCCACCCAGCCCUCUGCUCCGGGUGACUACGCUGGUGGAUCAUCUGGCCCAGGGGCGCCGGGACAGUUCCCGUUCCCCUCAGGUCCCGGAGCACCGGGACAGUACCCAGCACCUCCUUCAGCCCCUGGUGGGUUCCCACCUGGUCCUGGGAUACCUGGACAAUAUCCACCAGCACCAGGAGCUCCGGGGCAGUUCCCCUCCAGCCCUGGAGCCCCCGGGCAGUUCCCUGGGCAGUAUCCACCUGAAGGUGCUCCAGGACAGCUACCUGGAGGUCCUGUUCCCUACCCAACCGGACCAUUUCCUUCGGGCCCUGGAGCUCCACCUGGGCCUUACCCAAAUGUGCCUUUCCCUGGUGGUCAGCCGGGAGGAGGCAAUGGCAUGUAUGGACCAGGUGGUCCAGGUGCAUUCCCCCCUCCAGCUGGCCCCGGCUCUUUCCCUGCAUUCCCAGCUGGAGGCUUUCCCCCAAUACCCCCUGGGUCAUGGGGACCACCUGCAGGUGGAGGCUUCCCUCCUGCCCCUGGCAACUUUGGUCCCGGUCCAGGGCCUGUGCCUCCAUAUGGUGGGCCUGCUGCUCCAGGAGGCUCGCUGAUGGUGCCAUAUGAUCUCCCGCUUCAUGCUGGAAUUAUGCCACGACUUUUAAUCACAAUAGUCGGGGAGCCCGUUCCAGGUGCAGACAGGUUCAAUGUUGACUUCAUCAAAGGUUCAGAUGUCGUCUUUCACUUCAACCCUCGAUUUCAUGAGCAAACAAUUGUCAGGAACUCCAACCUUGGAGGAUACUGGGGUCCAGAGGAGCGGGAAGGAGGCUUCCCAUUUGUUCAGGGACAACGUUUUGAGCUGAAGAUCCUGGUGGAGGAGGACAUGUUCAAAGUGGCCGUGGACGGCAACCACCUGCUGGAGUAUGAGCACAGAGUCGGCGGGCUGGAGGAAGUGACUCUGCUGCGAGUCGUAGGAGACAUCGUCCUGUACAGCGCCGCCCCGAGUAUGAUCUGAGUCCGUGCAGGAGGCCGAGGUUAAACUUUACCGCUGUGUUUGAAAUCCUUUCAAAUACUUUUGAUGGAGUUUUAGCGGCACUAUAAGUCAGCGAAGUGCAAUCGUUGCCCACAUGGCACAUUUAUCGCAGAACAGAUGGCAGAUUAACCCAGGUCUGCACACAUUAAUCCUUUUUUUUUUUUUUUUUUUUUACUGGAUGACAUCUCAAUUCAUAGCCACUCACAAUCCAAUAUAUUUUAUGAUAUAAUAGUAGUGAAUGAGGAUUUUAAGGAUGAACUAAUUUAUACCUGAUGAAAAGAUUGUAGGUUAAGUGGGAAAAAAGUGUCCCAAACAUUUCUUCUUCUGUUUUCCACUAGAAUGCUGUUCUGUUUACAUGUAUGUUGAUUAUUCUGUCCGUUCUAUCAGACCAUGAUAAGCCUUUGUAAUGCAUGAGAGUGUGAUGCUGAAAGUCAACUUCCUUCUCACCGUUUUCAUUUCAAUGCUGGUCGACCCCCUCCGAGACUCUCUGGCCUGUCAAAGCACAGUAUGAUGAAGUUUCUUAAAAAGUAUUUAUAUGCCGACUCUCCUCCUGAGCUCUCAGACUGGAGGGUCGCGUAACGUUUUACGAAUUAUGAUUUCAUGUUGAAGUCAGACCUGAUAGUCGGAAAAAAGAGAGGUGCGAAAGAAAAACGUGGCAAAAUGAAGUGGAAGUAGUGGGGGUCUCUGAUUUGUUGCCAAAGAUAACAGUGGUACAGUAUUUUGAGAUUAUAAAUAACAGGGCAACAAACAAAUAAUGACUGAUAGAAGCUGUUUUAAUUCAGAAUGUUGUACUUUUCAUGAGCUACCUACCUGCACACAAUAAAUACUGGUUUCCCUGUU